AUAGCUUGUCCUGCUUUAUUUAGCUUGUCGUGCUUUAUUUGUGGUUCCAAGGGAGACGGGUCACGCCCCAAUCCACCUUCUGGCGCAAUAGCAGAUUCGCCAAGUGGCUCCAGCCCACCACCACCCCCCCUCCCCAAUUCCUCUUUAUAAGCACAGACCACCCAUGGCAGUCUCCUGCAUGAACCAUCUCUUCAACUAAAACCCAUCUUUUUCUCUUCUUCUUGAUUCUUUACUAGUCCUCUUCAUAACCACCUUCACCAUCUAUUUGAUUUUAUAGUAACUACAUGGCUUCAAGCUCUCCGAAUAAACAAAACUCCAGCUCCUCUUGGACGGCGGAGCAGAACAAACGGUUUGAAAAGGCAUUGGCUUUGUAUGAUAAGGACACCCCCGACCGGUGGCAGAAUGUAGCCAAGGCCGUGGGUGGGAAAACCGCUGAGGAAGUGAAAAGACACUAUGAAAUUCUUUUAGAGGAUCUCAGGCAUAUCGAGUCUGGUCGUAUUCCUAUUCCCAAGUACAGGUCUAGUGGAAGCAGCAAUCUUGCUGAAGAAGAGAGGCUUCUGAAGUAUCUUAAGCUGCAGUGAAGGCGUGAAGUCCAAGCAUCCUCGACCACAUUCUAGCAAAGUCUUUAAUGAGCAGCAGAUUUGAGAGACAUAAACCAGUGUAUCCAUCACUGUGAAAAUCUCCCCCCCCCCCUUCCUCUCUCUCUCUCUCUCUCUCUCUCUCUCUCUCUCCCCCCACUGUAGUUGAGGUCGUUAUCCGACCGUUCAAAUCUAAUAAAAUAUCAAUCAUUAGAAACAAAGUUUGUUGUUGUUCA